AUGCUCGCUGAAGCCUUCACGUACCACAUUAUGCGUUGUGAUUGCGAUCUAUCAGCUACGCAGUUCACAAACUGGUGUUACCGUGAGCAGAAAUUCUAUCCACCUCGAGCGCAUGAAGGUCCCAUCAGGGUAGUCAACGCUCGACGUUUCAGUGAUGAUGAAAUCGCAGCUGCUGUGUCGCAUACAACAUCAGAAUCGCCUUCAACACAGUAUCCAGCCUAUCGGCCACCACUUGCCGCAUCAUCUUCCCUUUCCGGACAAAAUCACUGCAACACAAGUGCACCUCCCUUGAUUCGACAGCCAGUGCCAAGACCAACUGAACUGAAUGGCGUUGACGACUCGCCGCCUCCACCAUAUUCAUCGGUAUGCAAUCGUCCAGAAUCGUGUUCAUAA